GACACAAAAUAUUUAUACUUUUUUUUAGUAUGGCAACUCUUAUUAACACAAAGCAAUAUAAAUUUUAUAAAUGUGGCAACUCUUAUUGACACAAAAAAUAAAUAAAUAUAUAUUUUUAAUAUGGUAUCCCUUAUUGACACAAAAAAACAAUUUAAUUUAAAAAAUGUGGUAACUCCUUUAGGCACAAGAAAAAUAAUUUUUUUUUAAUAUGGCAUCACUUAUUGACACAAAAUAUUUAUACUUUUUUUUAGUACGGCAACUCAUAUUAACACAAAUCAAUAUAAAUUUCUUAAAUGUGGCAACUCUUAUUGACACAAAAAAUAAAUAAAUAUUUUUUAAUAUGGCAUCUCUUAUUGACACAAAAAACUUUUUUUGUUUGGCAUCUCUUAUCAACAAAAAAAACCAAUACUAUUUUAAAAAAUGUGGCAACUAUUAUUAGUACAAAAAAUUCAUUCAAAAAAUUUACUAUCGCAACUCUUAUUGACAUAAAAAACAUCAAAAAAUUUGAAUAAUGUGGCAACUCUUAUUUUCAAAAAAAAUAUUUUUUUUAAUUUGGCAACUCACCAAAAGUAAAUAAAACAAAGACGGCAUCUUUUUUUUAUAGGCAAAAGGUAUUAAAGAAAAAUUUUAUUGCAAAAAACCAUAAAAUAAAUAAUAAUUAAUGGUAAUAAUAAUCAAACAAAAAAAAGGCAUCGCUUGUCUCGCAAAUCUUGGGAAAGAUCCGUGAAAAGACGAUCGACACACACCACCUCUUCAAUUUCCAAGCAGCUUUUGACAGCACGAAAAGGAGCUGCCUCUAUGCCGCGAUGUCUAAAUUUGGUAUUCCCGAAAUACUAAUAAGCUCUGAGAUCAUUCAACGCAGAACCCGCCGGUAGAAGCUGAGGAAGAUGAAGACCUCCACUCUGCCGGAAAGACCAGGUAGAGAAAGACCUGGUUAUACUUGGAAUCUCCAAUUGUCGCAAAAAGCUUACAGAAAAUGCAGUCAAAGUUGGUCUCUUUAUGCAUGCGUUGAUUCAGGCUAUAAAUCUCGUAUACCGAUUCGUAGAACAGUCAGUAUAGCACAACUUACUAACCGUACAGAACGGUCUUUAAGAGUUAAUACAACGCAAAAAGUCAUAGAAAUGGAACGUUGGCAGAAUCGAGUUGCUGUAGUCACUGGCGCCAGUUCGGGCAUUGGCGCGGCUAUUGUGAAAUAUCUCGCUAAUAACGGUAUGGUGACUGUCGGCUUGGCGCGACGCAAAGAACGUAUCGAAGCCCUGCGCGAUGAAGUGAAAAACGAGGCAAAGCAACGCAUACACGCGAUUAAAUGCGACAUACGAGAUGAAGCUGAUGUGAUAGCCGCCUUCAAAGAGAUCGAAAGCAAGUAUGGACCGGUGGCGGUGCUAGUAAACAAUGCCGGCAUUGCGCGUUAUGGCGAUAUGUUGAAAGAAGGCAACUCACAAGAUAUACGCGAUGUGAUCGAUACAAAUGUGUUUGGUGUUGUGUGGAGCACACGUGAGGCGUUUCGUUCAAUGAAGGCUCAGGGUGCUGAUGGUCAUGUUUUUCUCAUCAAUAGUGUAGCUGGGCAUAUAAUACCGAAUAUACCGGGUGUAUCUUUAAAUAUUUAUCCACCUUCAAAGCAUGCGGUCACCGCCAUGACGGAGAUCUACCGCCAGGAGUUUCUUACUAAUAACACCAAAAUUAAGAUCACCAGCAUUAGUCCCGGCGCAGUGAAAACCGAGAUUAUGGGCGAAAAUCCGCCUGAAAUAACAGAUUUGGUAUUUUUGGCCUCCGAAGAUAUCGCUGAUGCGUUGAUCUAUUGCCUACAGACGCCACCGCACGUGCAGAUUCACGAAUUAAUCGUAAAACCAGUCGGUGAAAAAUUCUAAGAUUGCCAAUGUUGAAAUAGCAAUUCACUUCAUAUACUUAUGUUUGUUGAAAUUGAAAAUAUUAAAUAAUAAAACAUAGCUAAAAUUCAUUAGAAAUUA